GUUGCUAAGACUUGGCGAAGCGCGGCGCUCGUGCCCGUCUCCUUCAGUCAGAGCCUCGCGAGGAUGGAACCCACCACGGAGCAGCGAGGGCCUGAGGAGGCCAGGAGCCCGCAGCGAGCGCCAGCGCCAUGGCAAGCCCUCCCAGUCCUGUCUGAGCAGCAGUCCGGGGCCGUGGAGCUGGUGCCGGCCUAUGCUGCGCCGGUGCUCGACGCGCGCCAGACCUCGCGCCUGCUCAGGGAGGUGUCAGCCGUCCACCCACUGCCCGCCCAGCCACACCUCAAGCGGGUGCGGCCCCGCUGUGACACCAGCAGCCCGCGUGCGCUGGAGAUGCUGCUAUGCCUGGCGGGGCCGGCUGCGGGCACGCGCUCAUUGGCUGAGCUCCUCCCGCGGCCGGCUGUGGAUCCCCGUGGCCUGGGUCAACCCUUCCUGGUGCUCGUGCCCGCCCGGCCGCCCCUGACCAGGGGCCAGUUUGAGGAGGCUCGGGCCCAUUGGCCCACAUCCUUCCAUGAGGACAAGCAGGUGACCAGUGCCCUGGCCGGGCGGCUUUUCUCAGCACAGGAGCGGGCCGUGAUGCAGAGCCACAUGGAACAAGCCGUGCAGGCGGCGCAGCGGGCAGCAGCUCGGGGCCUGCGGGCUGUGGGAGCCGUGGUGGUGGAGCCGGCCUCAGGCCAUGUGCUGGCCACGGGCCACGACUGCCGCGGUGCAGCCAGCCCCCUGCUGCAUGCUGUCAUGGUGUGUGUGGACCUUGUGGCCCAGGGCCAGGGCCGGGGUGCCCAUGACCUCAGGCCCCACCCCACCUGCUCCUUUGCCGUGGCCCCCCAGGCCAUCUGGGCGGGCACUGUGCGCAAGCUGGACGAGGAUGAGGAUGGCCUCCCCUACGUGUGCACUGGCUACGACCUCUACGUCACUCGCGAGCCCUGUGCCAUGUGUGCCAUGGCCCUGGUGCAUUCCCGCAUCCAGCGCGUCUUCUAUGGGGCGCCCUCUCCUGAUGGUGCCCUGGGUACCCGCUUCCGCCUCCACGCCCGGCCCGACCUCAACCACCGCUUCCAGGUAUUCCGAGGCAUCCUCGAAGACCAGUGCCGUUGGCUGGACCCUGACACGUAGG